ACAUCUCAUUGCGGUUUCAAUCAAUCGACAGGACCACAACCAUUCCUGCAUGCUCUGAUUGGUGAUCUCGUAUUGUUGUUUAAGUCGGGCUUUGACAAUGCCUAUGCAAGAUGGCCAAAUUUUUCCAUAUGUGAACUCAUGUUAUGUACUGAAGCCCAAUGGUUUGUGUUUGACUUGUUCGAUCUCAUUGAGAUGUUGAAUUUUCCUUCUCCGAUGGGCAGGGAUGCCCGACUGUGAUGUAAUCGAGGGAGAAUGUUCGCCGUCCUCGUCAUCCUGUCGUUAUGUCUACUUGAUCGAGUCUCUCCUCGUCUUCGGCCUUGUCUGGGUGGUUAUCUUGAGCGUGGGGUCGUGCUUCUACUGUCUGUUUGGAUCAAGGGUUUGUAAAGGAAUGGAAGAUUACUCGUAUGAGCUAAGUUCGAACAAUGUCGAGACGUCCGCUGGUGGCCGCCGUUUGAUGUCGCAUACCAUCCUUGCGCUUUCAACUCUCAUCGCUCUCAUUUCACUCUUCGGAUUGGUUUUUGUUUACGGGGGAUUUUCUGACCUUUUUUCAUUUCUCAAGGGAGUUCAGUCGGCUACGAACCUUCCUCAAACAUUCUCUUCAAGAGCGGAGAUGUCAAUUUCGACAUGCACGAUGGAAAGAAGCAUCUUCCUAUUGAACAAGAACGACUUGCUCGAUGACGGCAGCGGGCGGAUUGGCGAGCAUCAUCGACUGAAAAAUCUGGUGAACAUGACGAUGGAGGCAGGGAGAGAUCUGCAGAAGAAUCCUCUAGGGGAACAUGACGUGGGCGUCCCAAGUACGCUGUUAAACGCGCAUGAAAACCCGGCAUGCCGAGAUCUCCUCAACGGGUCGCUGAUCGCAUGCCCUUGCUGUCGAGUUUGUAAAGAUCUCCUGAGUGCUGUUGACAACCUGAUCGUAAUUUCUCUCGACACCUCCGAGGUGAAGGUGACGGGAGUUGCGCAGGACUCAAUGCCGGACCAAGAAGAUCUUGACUUCCUCAACAUCACUUACCCCCCAGAGCAAAUUGCAGAUGCGGCCAGGACUUACUUUGAUCAAUACAGAUCAACGAUUCAGUCAGUGCACGAGUCUCUCCUUCCUGUCAAUCUUUCCGUUGAGAAUGCGAGCGCGACUUUGAAAGCCUAUGACACACAAGUUAUCAUGCUCGACAUAUUGUUUUGGUUUCCAGCUAUCGUUGCUACUUUUUUCAUCAUCGUCGUCGAGACAUGUCGCAAGAACGCUCAAAGCUCAACGUUGGAAUGGACAACUAUCCAGGGCGACAUGAUCAGCGAGCUGGAACAGGAGGAGGAAGACAACAAGUCUCCUGGCCUCCUCCUUCAUCGCCUCCUAGCAGGCAGCGAGCGGAAACUUCUUUGGAUCGCCUUUGGGAUGGGACUUGCAUCUACCGUUCUCCUUACCGCCCCGUCUUUCGCCAUGCUCUCCAUUGCGACACUUCCUCUCAACGACUUGUGUACCAUCAUCCCAACCACGGGAGGUAGCGCUUCUGCCUUGCUUGCUUUGCUCGAUAUGGGAGGUUCUUUGCAUCAGACGAUGAGAAGACUUGUCUUGGCACAUUCCAAAUCCAAUUUGAAAGGAGACGAUAAAAGAUCUGCAGCAAGCAAAUUUGUCGAAGAUUGCCUCAUCUUUCCAGAUGGCAAAUUGUGGAGUGUUUGGGGAACUUCUACAGCAGAAUUUGAGUCGAGGAUGAACUUGAGGAAUUCUUCGGAUACCCUGACCCCUCUCGAUCUGUACAGGCUUCUUGGCACUGAUCGAUACAAGAUUGCAGAAUAUCUUCACCACAUCAUAUCACAGCUCAACGUCAAGAACUAUUCUUUCGGUGCAGCUUCCCUGCAUGCCCGUCAGACAUGUCAAUGUACACAAGAAUGUUUCGGAGGAGACGAAGAGCAACAUUUCGAGUUUGAUGCUCAUCGCCGACGAAUCGACAAUGAGGAUGCGGCAGUCCCUUUUAGAAGCAGGCUCUUGUGA